CAAGCUAUUGCGAUUCUUCAUUCUGUAUCAUAGCUUUGAAGUCUUUUUUGUUACUUUCUCGGUCUUAGUUACUUUCUUUGAAGCAUUUCCACGUGGAAUUGAGGAAGCAAGGUCGUAAAACAGUCAAACGUGGCUUCCAUUUCCACGACAGAGGUAAGAACGCAUGGUUGUAUCAGAUUUUUGAACAUAAUUUAAGGUAAAUACUUUUAUUCUAAGUUUCUCAGUUAACAUUUUCUCUUUCACAUGUUCUUAAUCUGUCCUAAUUUUCUCUGAUUUCCGGCCAUGGAAGACGUUCCUGCAGUUAACUGACGAGGAUUGCUAACUUUUAUUGAUUCUGGCGUUGAUUAAUUGCUUUGCCGCUUCGUGUUACUUAAAAGCUACUUAAGUUUAGCUUGUUCGAGCAAGCUUACUGUCGAAUUCACUAAAAAUUUGCAGGCAAUACUUGGCUUAUAUAUGCAUUUACUUAAUUUCCCCCCCUUUUUUUUUUUACGAUGCAUUUGAUCAAAAAAAAAAACGAUAAACAUUCGCAGCGUAUUUCAUGUGAUUAUGUUUAAUUUAUUAUUUUAUAGUUUGAAAGAAAUAUUUUUCUUUUUGAUAGGCUACUUGAAUUGUCCUAAACUGUGCUAUUAUACUGGUUUCCUUGUUAAAUAUUUAGACUAAAUAAUUUUUCUACAGAUGUCAGCUAGUGAUUUAUUGCAAGCUUCCUUUCAAUUGACUGUUUCCGAUUUUUAAGAAUCCAAUUCACCAACUGGUAAUGAUUGCAUAUUUAGAGUGAUUGAUUGGUAUCUGAGUAAAGUUUUACCUUUUGUCAUCAGCUAAUCAACACAUGAUCAAUCAUUAAUCACAUCAUGUACAUGUUUCUGAUCAAUUUUUUUCUUUAUUAUCAAAACUUGUAUACUUAUUAUUGGCUGCAUGCAUUCAAGUAUGUGUCUUGGGGUAAAUUCAAGACUUCUGUUUGGUUCUUACUUGGUCAGGAUUUUGCCAAAAGGACCAUCAUCGCACCAUAUGGACAAAAAUAAAACAUGCAUUUUUUACUUGGAAGCCAGGAAAUUCAAAAUAAAAAAAUUUAGUCUAAGUGACAUUGAUGCAUGACUGUUACCUUGCUUUCUUGAGCCGUACUUGGGAAUAUUGGCACUACAUAUGUCAUUUCUACAUCGACACAACCUUGGGCCAAUAUUCUCUAGAAAAGCCCUCGGCUCCACCAGUUAGUCAGAAGUUAGUACUGGCUUUUGCAAAAAUAAUCUACACUUUACAUGUAUAUUAGGCUAUUUUGAAUUCCAGAACCAUUGAUUUCUUUGUUACUCUACAUUUAUUGAAUUUUUUUUGUACACAAGGUCAGCCAGCAAGGAUCAUAUGAUAUUUGAAAAACAACCAGCCUUGAUUAGCAACAAAAUUAAUGUAAGCAGUAAAAAAAAAUCAUUUUUGUGCACAAAACAUAGAACCAUGAGGGUUGGAAAAACAAUUUGUUGUAUACUUGUACAGGUAAACCACAAAUGUCAGCACCUGUUUGGCAUUGAAAUCCAUUUCAAAAUAAACUAGACACCAACAGCUUCAUGUGUGAGACACAGAAAGAAUAUCUUUGCAUGAGAACCUUGAAAAUACAAGCAAUCAUUAAUUUCACCCUUAAACUCCCAUGAGUGACCUAGAUAGAAUUUCUCCUUACAAUAUCAAUCAGACAGGUGAUGAGAAUAAAAAAAUAUAAGUUUAAGGAUUUUCUAGUUGAUCUAGUACCAAAUUCUCAGAAAUAGCAUCAUAAAUAUUGUAUGGAAGACAGUAAGGAGAAUUAUUAAUGAGAUCUUAGCCAGGUGUCAAAGUGUUAAACACCUAAAAAGAAGUCCAAGAGGCUCUGUGUGGUGAGAGCUUUUAGCACCAUGCAUAAUUCUCCCAAAAUUCAAGCUUGAGAAAGUGUUUGUGGGCUUUGUUAUCAGAUGGAAAAGGAAUGUUGAAACAUAUUAUCUAUAUGCAGAACUAUACACCAAAAUUGGCAAAUUCACCUUAAGUUCAUAAACAUGCUUACCCAUUGCUUUUUUUUCACAUUUGUUGCCUGACAUGGCAUAACGUUUAUCCUCUUCCAAUGAACAUUAGGAUUUACUGGUAAUUACUUAUUUAAAGGAAAUAGAAAUCAAGGGUUCAUCAAGUGAAUUUUGCAAAGAUAGUCAAAUAUCCUGUAUACUAUACUUCUUUCAGGGUCUCCCAUAUCCUUGUAAAACUAACUUCCUUCCAGUAUUGCACAUACUAAAUGUUUUCUGGGAAACAUAAUAAUCACAAAAACCCUGGAUAAAGUGUUGGGGAUACCCUUGGCUGAAAAUAAAAUAGAGGUGAAAUAGCCAAUCAACAAAUCAAUAGUUUAAGCUUUAUUGAACUGCUAAAAAUGAUCAUUUUAACAGCAUAAACAUUAACCAAGUUUAAAUGAUUGAUGCUACAGUUUACUCAUAUUUGUGCAGGAUUUUCUUAUCUAUAUAAAUUUCGAAUAAGAUGUUGAUGACAAUGGUGUUCUAUACUAGCUUUCAUGCUCAGGGUUUCUAUAUGUAUUAACUUUAUUUGCUCCUGUAUUUAUGAUGCAUUUGUUCAAAAAACAAUAAAAAAAUUUUCCAGUGUAUUUCAUGUGUUUAUGUUUUAUAGUUUGAAAGUAAUUUUUUCUUUUUGAUAGACUACUAAUAGAUUCUCCUUCUAAACUGUACUGUUAUAUUGAUUUCUAUCUACAGCCUCCUAGUGUAAAUUAAUAAUUUGAACUGUUGCUGUUACAAACUAUUUGAAAUUGUGAGACACAGAUGAUGAUUUUUGUCCAAUUUAUCUUAAUUAACUGGGAAUGUAUUUAUAAAUCUUGAAAUUUUUUAUUAUAAGAGGUGAAUUACUGUUCUUCUUAAAAUAAAUGCUUGUUUUCUUCAGUAUAUGCAUCUUUUUUUCUUUUACUGCUUUAACCAGUUAUUUGUUUUCCAUUAAUAUUAAUGGACUUGUGAUCUUGUGUCUAAAAAGUGUAUCCCUCCCAUGCUCAGAGGGGAGAAAAUAUUUAUUUUGCAGCUGGGUAAUAUGUUGAGCUCAGAUGUUUAUUGACCAUUUGUAACCAUCUUUUUUUCAGGCAAGGAUAACUUUAAAAAGCAACUUUUUGGAAGAAGCAUCUUCUUACAGUUGCUAUGACUUCAGGAAGAAGUCCAAUUAAAGUUUCAUGUGAAAAAGAAGACUUACCUGACCAAGAAAAUGUACCAGAUUUUGAUGAGGACACUUUACGAGGUGAGCUAGGCUUGAGUUUGGCAUCAGUUAUUGUUAGAACAAUUUCUUUUCCACCAGUUUCAAGAAGCAAGCAGAUCUGGAGAAGGAUACACUGUAUUACCACUUUAAAUGAGAUUUUGGCCAGUCAUGACUCUCUUCUAUGAUUAGAAUAUGUUGUUCAUUGAGAGGAUUUAUGACACAGAAAAAUUUGACAUUUGCUUUACACAAAGUUAUAAUAAUAAGUAAAAGACUUUAUUUUGAUCAUCAUAUAACAUCCAUUUUGUAAGUUUGCAUCAUAAAUACCACCAUCAUCAUCAUCAUCAUCAUCAUCAUAUCUUCCCAUUAUAAUGCAUUAACAAUCAAUUCAAAAGCUUCAACAUCCCUUCCCUCCUUCUCCUUAACCAACAAGCAUCAUCCAAGCCAAAGGGGGGUAGGGGUGGGGGGUGGGGAAGAUAAGAUUGAACAAUUUGCCUGACUGGCAUUGGGGAAUUUGAACCAGAAAAGUCAAGACUUUCCAUUAGAAUACAAGUGUUAUACCAUUGAAUAUGGUGGUGUUUAAGGUAGAUAGUGCACUUUCAUUAACAAGUGGCUAAGAAGAAAAAAUUGCACAAGGUCUAGGUUUUAAAGCUUGGUUUAAUUAUUUCGCUUUUUACUUAAAAAUUGGGUAGGGCAUUUGACCACAUAUUAUGGGAAUUUUUUAGGAAUUUUUAGAAACUGAUUCCCAAAAGUAAGUACCUAAGGGUUUGCUUCAAAUUGAAUGAUGUCUAAUUCAUGUAAUUAUUAUUACCGCUGUUGUCACCCACAUUAUUGCAUUAUCAUAACUUAUAAUCUCAUCUUCUUUAUUAUUAUUAUCAUUGUUGGGCCGAUGAGUAAUUGAAGUGCACGGUCGACAAGGCUUGGAUUUUCAGUAUUUAUUAAGUGAAUGUAAUCUGAAGCUGUGGAAAUUGCAAAAUCACAAACAUUACCUAGAGAUCUUUCCAUGCAAAUGACAUAUCUGGCAGUAAAACUUACAUUCAUCCAGCCUUGUGAGAACAUAGAGUUAUAAACUCGCCAGCAUUAAAAUAUCCUUAGGCAAAUCCUUGAUCCUUAGACAAAUCCUUUGUGAAAACAUGCAUUAAACAUUUUUUACUUUUGCUUGGUGCAACACAAGACAAAACUGCUAUUACAUAAUAACAAGGCAGUCUAUGGGGCCUUGCGGCCCUGAGAUUAGUUUUGAGUCCAGUCUGUGCAGUUGAGGUAAUCAACAACUCUUAUCAUUUAUAUCAUGACUACUUGUCUAUAGGUAAUUUUGCUUGAAAGUGACAGUUGCUAAUUUUGCUUUUUACAAAGAAAUUGGGUACAUUUGAUCAUAAUUUUUGCUGGGGGUGGGGGGGGGGGGAAGGGGGGGGAGUUUGAGGAGACCAACCUCCAAAAGUCCAGGGGUUAGCUUCAAAUUGAGUGAUGCUCAGUUCUCAUUAUCAUCAUCAUCCUUGUCCUCAUCAUCUUCCCUAUUGUCACCCACAUUAUCAGCAUUAUCAUAACUAUUAAUCUCACAGAAACAGAAGGAGACUCUGGGCCUCCCAUAUGGGUCAUUAAUCCUUCAAGAUAAAUGAGGAUUUUGGUCAGUUCCUCACAGAAAUAUAACAUUUGAACUCCAGAUUUGCCACAUCCAAUGUUAUUAUGGUUAUCUCAGGGUUCUUCUCUUAAUUUUCUUGAAUGCGCUUAGAUUGUUCUGAAGUAGGGAUUGCACUCUCUUCUAAACAAUCAUCACAACAGCAACUGAGUGACUGAUUGGUUGAGCUUUCAGCCAUAAAAAGUCUCAUAAACUAACUGAGUGGGGUUUUUCUUAUGAGGGGGAGGGGGGUCAAGCUGCAGACAUCAUUUAAAGUUUUCAGGGGAUGGUUCUUGAAGUCAGGCAGGUGCAAAGUGGCAGCUGGCACAAAAUGAAAAAUCUGCAGAUUAACUACCACCACAGACUUUGACAUAAAUUAUUUUCUAUCUUUUCUUUGCAGCCACAGCUGAUGUUUACAGGAAUGAGGGUAAUGAGGCCUUCAAGAAAGGAGAUUUCAUCAAUGCUAUUCACUUUUACACAGAAGGAAUUAAAAUGAACUGUAAUGAGAAAGAACUGAAGGCCAAACUGUUCAACAAUAGGGCUAUUACACAUUUUAAACUUGGUAAGAUGACGAGAGCUUUAAUAUGCUUUUUUUUUUUAUCUUUUGAAGCGUAGGACUGUGACAUACAGUAGUAGCUUUCUGAUAAAGGUGAUAAUUUUGAAUUUUUGCCAAAAAAGAAAUUCUCCAGAAAAAUGUUCAUGCCUCACCUUGGCCUCUCAAACAUUCAAAGAAGUUAUUAUAAGUCUGUAAUACUCCAUAUAUCAAUGAGCAUCACAAGCUUUUCCUAAAAUGAAUGUAGAGGUGCUCAGGGUUUGCUAUAUGUAGAACUAAUCAGAGAUAUUUAUUUUAAAACCAGGAAAUCACCAGGAUUCACUAAGGGAUGCAGAAGCAGCCAUUGAGUUAAAUCCAACUUUCCUCAAGGCAAUUGUGAGAGGUUAGAUAUGUUAGCUGUGCUAUAGUAAUAAAAAAAGGAAUUCAUCACUCUAUGGAUAGAUGAAGUUAAAUUCAUCUCUCAAUUGACUUAAAUUAAGAGGUGGAGGCAACCCUGAUGUACAUUUGAUUAUAGCUCUUGACUGCUGUGCCGACUAACUUUCUAUUAUGAUAAGAAUAUUAUUUUGAAUUGGAUGAAGAACUCAAUGCUGAAUGCAAAUUAAGGCCAAAUUUCAGCUUGAGUAUUUUAGUUCCCUGGGGUGUCAGAUAUGUUAAUUCGCUAUCUAGCUGUUUUGAAGAGAAGUAAGGACUUAACUUAACUCAAAACUGUGAGAAAACUUUCCUCUUUCGUCAAGUAUAACUCAACUUCAAGUGCUAUAAUACAUGUUAUAAAAUAAUUCAAAUAGUAUGCGCGCUCUGAUUGGCCAUAAAACCAUUUUACAUGAGCGUAUGUAAACACGGUUUUCGUUCCUCUUUCAUUAGUUAUUUUAUAAAAGAAAUGUAAAAUGGUUUCCGUGUUUACAUAGCCUGAUGUAAACACGCGGGAGGUUGGGAGAACACGAGAUAAGCUGGAAACCACUCCGCUUCGCGUCGUGGUUUCCUACGCUUAUCUCGUGUUCUCCCAACCUCCCGCGUGUUUACAUCAGGCUCUGUAAACACGGAAACCAUUUUACAUUUCUUCAUUAUAAUAAUGUAACUAGAGACGGCAUGAGUGAAUCUUAUUCUUGGUGAACUUCAAACCUUAGUUUGAGUCACCUCUUAGGAAUAAAUUAUCAACUGAUUUAGUUAAUCGAAUAAGUUAACUCAUACUAAAGGGAGACUAGUAUUUAUUUCAAAUAAAAUUUUUAAUUUGAAUUUUGAUUGAAGUUGAAAUGUAACGUAGUUCUUAAAAGGUUAAUUAACAAAUGUACCAUUUAAAAAAAAUUAAAAAGUGGGUUUCAUUUUUCUGUUUUUUAUUCUAUUCAUAUCUUAUGUGUUGUAUUUUAUCCAGUUAUGAGUUAUCUUUUUGAUAUAUUUAUUGUAUAAUUUUAAGUUAAAAGGUGUUUUUUUGGUUUGUUUUAUUUUGUUUUCUGUUUAUUUUUGUUUUCUGGUCUGUAAUGAUGUAGCUUUCAAUGAUUUCAGAUUCUUUUCUUGGAAUUGAGCUACAGUAAUUAGAUGCUUACCGGUAGUUGUGUUGUUGCCUACAGGAGCCACUGCCUGUGUUGAACUGAAGAGAUUUGAAGAAGCAAUCACUUGGUGUGAUAAGGGAUUAGCAGUAUCCUUUGAAGGAAUCUUUAAUUUUUAACCGUGGGUAUAAUGGAAAUAUUCCACAAUUUGAUGUUUAAAGGGAGACAAUGCAAAGAAGGGUAUUAAUUACGAUGGGAACUUAUCAGCUCAUAAUUUGAGUGUUUGUAAUUAUGAAACAUGGGAAAGGUUAAUACCUCAUGUCUUAAUAAUGAUAUAUUCCUUUUAGCCAUGACUUAGUCGUACUAUCCAUGUCACAACUGGUGCAUUAUAUUGUUACGUUACUUUGGUUAAAAGACUACUAUUCAUCCAGUUUAUUAUUGGUAUAUGGAUAGAUGAUCUCUCUAAAACGAGUCAGAAAAAGAAGCUUG